UUCGCUGCGAUUACAUGCAAAAUUGGAGGAUCCUCAAAUUUAUUGAAGAUCAUUUGGCCAAGGAAGUCGCACCUUAUUUGACCAAUGAUCCAUCCACGACCACUGUCACUGGGCUCCAAAGCACAAUGUAUUUCGAUGAAGUCAAAAACAUCAUUCGAAAAGCAACCAAUGCGUCAAAUGGGGACGAAUUGUUUUUCAUUCCUAGUGGAUCGAGUCCCAAAGACCAGAACUCCAAGGUCAUUCGACAUUUCAUUGAAAUGACCAAGUUGUUUUCUCCCAUAGUUUUGACUUCAGUCCAAAUAGAUUCAAAAGUCAUGGUACUUUGGUCGAAGCCGGGGGAAAUGUCAUUACUGUUUCAGAAGAAGAUAAUGGUUCCAUUAAUUUGUGACACUCUAAAAGAGAUCUUAGAUGCACACAAAAGUACGGAUCGACCCAUUGUUGGUAUUUUUAAAGGCCAUGUCUGACAUUACUGGAGUGAUCAGCGAGGACUUGGAGAUCACCGCUUUGUGUCAUUCUUUGGAGCAAUGGUUCUAUGGGAUUACACAGAGGCGGGACCAAAUGUUCAUAUCGAUAUGAAUCCAAAAGUACCAUUUUUGUUUUCUACUAUUAUAAAAGUUUGAAGUUUGUUAUCGAGGCCAUGCUUGUCGACAUUUUAGGUGCCUCGUGACGAAGAGGAUCUCUACAAAAGGAUGUUCUGUUUUUCGAUGGAAACAUGUUUAUUGGUGGUCUCAGGGUUUCCAGGUGUUGAUCAUGAAAAGAGCGUUAUGUCAUGACCUUCCUCGAGAAUUUCAAGGGUCCAGUUGAGUUGUUGGGACCUUCUUGCCAUCGUCAGAACAGGUAUGGCCUUACAAUUGAAGCAGGCGGUCACUGCUCAAUUCAUCGUGGAACGUCAAGUGAGAUUCAAUGCCAUCAUCACUGAGAAGCUCUCGAAAGUGAGUAAUCUUUUUCAUCUUG